AUGCUUCACGACUCAAAACUGGACAAGUGUUUUUGGGACGAGGCAGCAAUGACGGCGAUCUACGUCAAGAAUCGCCUGCCUUCGGCCAAGUACCAAGACUGA